AUGUUUUGGCAACUUUUCCCUGAUUCUGAGGUUUUUAGACGUUUUAUUCUUACUUGUGAGGCUCCAACCCUAUGGGAGGCCCUUCGAUUGAUAGCCAGGCAUGAGAAAAAAGACAUGAAGCAAAUUUCAGUUAUUUUAGUUGUUGAUGACCCAGAGUAUUUGACCGAAGGUUGGAAUCGUUUGGAACAUUUCAUUGCAACCUUUUGUUCAUUAAAAUCUAAGGUACUAUGUGAAAAUGAGCUGACAACAAUUUCAGAAAUUCAUGCUGGAACACGUCUACAUUUGAAUGAUGAUUCCGAAUUCAAGAAUCAUCACUUAAAACUGAAAUGUGCUAUUCAUCAUGUGAAUACAAAUUCUGCUACUUGUGGUAAAAAAGAGUGGAUAUUGAAUGUGAAGGUGCAUGUGUCAAUGUUCGGUAAGGUAAACAUUAUCACAAAUGCACAAUCUGCUCCAUAUUGUGACUCUUUUCUUGGGUUAGACCAAUCAAAAAAUAAUAAUCCAAAUGAAGUUCAUCAGGCUAAAAGGUGGAAACUAAAAUCACCUUCUCUGAAUGAUUAUCAAAAUGAACGAAACAAACCUGCACGUGAUAAAGACUUUUUAUUCUUUUUACAACUGCCCAAACUACAAUUUCGAACUUCCGAUGGACUCUGGGAUCGUGGAUGGCUCCAAACGGAAAGAAUACUUUAG